GUCCGUACUCACCACCCACCGCCCACCCUCCCCCCCAAAAAAAAACAAAAAAAAAGCCUCCUAUUCACUCCACCGCCUUUUUCAAUCUCUUUCCUAAACCUAAUUUUCCUUCCUGUUGCCGUCUCUUUAGCAGUCUUCCAAUUGAAUAUAAUCUGAUUUCUGAAAUUCAAACCUUUCUUUGUUAUAUCUCUUGCAUGCUUAGCGUUGCAGAUUCACAAGAUUAGAGAGAGAGAGAGAGAGAGAGAGAGAGAGAGAGAGAGCGUUUGAUUGAACAUGGGGUUUGAUGUGAAGGAAGCGAGCUCGUCGUCGAACGCGCUACCUCGUGAAGACACCCCGCUUCUCGGCAAACCUCGCCGUCUUUCUUCGCAGCCGAAGACCUUCGCCAACAUCUUCAUCGCCAUCGUCGGCUCCGGAGUCCUAGGCCUUCCUUACACUUUCAAGAAAACCGGAUGGGUUUUCGGCUGCCUCAUGCUCUUCUCCGUCGCUUUCCUCACUUACUACUGCAUGAUACUUCUCGUUCGCACUCGCGCCAAGCUCGAUUCCCUCAUUGGCUACUCCAAGAUCACCUCCUUUGGCGAUCUGGGUUUCGCCGUAUGUGGUCCCUUUGGUAGAUUCUCUGUCGACGCAAUGAUUAUUCUCGCCCAGGUUGGUUUCUGUGUCAGCUACCUCAUAUUCAUCGCCACCACUUUAGCUUACCUUUUCAACGAUUCCUCAGAAGUCCGACUUUUGGGUCUUACCCCAAAAGCAUUAUACCUUUGGGGUUGUUUCCCAUUUCAAUUGGGGUUGAAUUCGAUUCCAACGCUGACCCAUUUGGCUCCUCUGAGCAUUUUCGCCGAUGUGGUCGAUAUUGGAGCUUUGGGCGUUGUUAUUGUGGAGGACUUCAUAAUCUUUCUCAAGCAAAGACCUGUUUUGCAGGCUUUUGGGGGCUUCUCUGUUUUCUUUUACGGUGUGGGUGUGGCUGUUUACUCCUUCGAAGGGAUUGGAAUGAUACUGCCAUUGGAAUCGGAAGCUAAAGAUAAAGACAAAUUUGGUAAGGUCUUGGCCUGGUGCAUGACAUUCAUUGCUUUGAUUUAUGGAGCAUUUGGGGUUUUGGGUUACUUCGCAUUUGGCGAAGAAACAAAAGACAUAAUCACCACCAAUUUUGGGCAAGGACUAUUAAGCGCUGCGGUGCAACUGUGUCUUUGUAUUAACCUGUUCUUCACUUUGCCAUUGAUGAUGAACCCUGUAUAUGAGGUGGUGGAGAGGCGGUUCUGCAACUCAAGGUACUGUAUGUGGCUAAGGUGGAUUAUAGUGUUUGGGGUGAGCCUGGUGGCACUGAUGGUGCCCAAUUUUGCAGACUUUUUGUCUUUGGUUGGCAGUAGUGUUUGCGUGGUUCUGGGAUUUGUGUUGCCUGCCCUGUUUCAUUUGAUGGUGUUCAAGGAAGAACGAAGUUGGGAUGGGAUGGUUGUGGAUGUGACUAUUGUGGUUUUGGGUAUGGUUAUUGGAGUCACCGGAACCUGGUCUUGUCUAACGGAAAUCUUUGCCCCCAAGGCCUGAUUACUUAAAGAGGGGUUUUGGGUUAGCGUUGUAACAUCAGCUUAAUCAAGUUAAUUUGAUAAAUUUGAUGACUUCCUUGUGGUAUUCCGUCCACUAUGUUGUAGAUCAUCAACAAUUAUAAUCAAAUAUGAUGAACCUAAGUUUUAUCGGUUU